AAAAUCAUACAACCAAUCAAAACGUCUUAUUUGUUACAGAUAACCAAUCAAAAUGUCCGUCUCUCGUCGUGGAGGAGAGGAGCUGUCCUUGUUCAGGAUCCCUCCUUACUACUACCUCCAUGUCCUCGACCAAAACCUUAAUGUUACCCGUUUGGAGAUCGGGCCCCAGACCUACAUCCGCCAGGACAAUGAAAGGGUGGUGUUUGGGCCGGAGAAGAUGAUCACAGUUCCCCCGAGGAACUACUGUCUGAUCGAGAACCCCCAUGUCCGCGACAAGGACAACAAGGUUGUACUGGACAACAGCGGCCAAGCCAAACUUCUCCACGCUGACCAGGAGAUUCGUCUUGCUCAGGACCCUUUCCCUCUCUACCCUGGCGAGGUCUUGAAACAGGUUGUGACACCCCUAAAAGUUGUGAAUGCUAACUCAGCUCUCCGUCUCCGAUCCAUUCUCGACUUUGAAGCUGAGGAUGACAUUAAGAGGACUGCUGGUGAUGAAUGGUUAUUUGAAGGACCCGGGACUUACAUCCCUCGCAAGGAGGUGGUGAUUGAUGAAACUGUUCGCGCCACUGUGAUCCGUCCUAACCAGGCAAUCCGUCUCCGGGCUCGUAAGGAGACGAUCGACCGUCAGGGAACACCCCGUGUCACUGGGGAGGAGUGGCUUGUUAAGAAGACGGGAGCCUACCUUCCCGGGGCCUAUGAGGAGGUGGUCGACAUCGUCAAUGCUUUCGUCCUCACAGACAAG